UCAGUCGGAGGAGGGCUUCACUGAGGGAAAUAAGAGCCUUUAAAGAGCAGCUCCGACUCAACCGCUGGGCCGCAGCUCUCUUCGUCCGCUUGAUAUUUCCAGCGAAGGGACCAAAAUCCAGAACUUUUGCCACACCAAGCCGACGGGAUGGCAAAGGUGAACGCGUGCGUGGUGGCUCUGGGGUUCACGCUGCUCCUGUUGGCGGAGACGUGGGCCCAGAACCCCAGGAAGAGACAGACGCCUCCGAAGACCCCCAAGGCGCAGUGCUGCGACGACGUGCGCUCCCUCAAGGUGCAGGUGGCCAACCUGACCAGCCUCCUCGAGGAGAUGAGCCGCAAGCAGGAGACGGACCUGAUGAGCGUCGUGAGGCAAAUAAUGGACCUGGACAAGCAGAACCGGCAGCAGGAAGCCCGGGUGACGGAGGCAGAAAGCAAGUACUCGGAGAUCAACAACCGUGUGGAGAUCAUGCAGCUGCAGACCCUGCAGUCCGCCACCCAGACCUCGUCAGACGCCACAUAUGACUGCGCAUCCCUGUACAGUAAGAGCUACCGAAUCUCUGGCGAGUACAAACUGCCAAAGGACGAGUUUCUGGGGACACCUGAGCUGAGCGUCUUCUGCGAUAUGGAGACAAAUGGAGGCGGUUGGACUCUGAUCCAACGGCGCAAAGUCGGCCUCACAUCAUUCAACCGGGACUGGAAGCACUACAAAAAUGGAUUUGGAUCCAUCCGCGGGGACUUCUGGCUCGGCAAUGAUCACAUCUUCCGCUUAACCAGGCAGCCCAGCGUGCUCCGGAUUGAGAUGGAGGACUGGCAGGGAGAGACGCGCUACGCUCAAUAUGGCUUUUUCACUGUGGGCAACGAGCUGAACAGCUACAAGCUCUUCCUCGCCAACUACAGUGGGAACGCUGGGGACUCUCUGCGCUACCACAACAACACCAACUUCAGUACCAUCAACAAGGACAACGACAAGUGCGUGGACGACUGCGCUUCCCUGCGCAAAGGUGGUUACUGGUACAACUGCUGCACCGACUCCAACUUGAAUGGCGUUUUCUACCGCUACGGUCAGCACAUAACAAAGAACCCAGAUGGGAUCACUUGGUACGGCUGGCACGGGUCCAACUACUCCCUCAAAAAAGUGGAGAUGAAGGUCCGGCCAGUGGAUUUUCAACCAUAAGUGCUUCGGCUGUGAUGACAUGCAUGAAUGCUGAGCGAUCUCACCCAGGGCCCACGGAACGAAGAUGUAGUUUGUGACGGUCAGAGUACGUUUAGGUCAGAUAAGUGUGUCAUGUUUGUCGCCAUGUAUGAUUGUAAAUUGUAGUUCUUUUUGUGUAUUUAUCAGUAAAAAUAUUCUAUUGUUCAAAUGCUUUGAUAGAUGCUCUUCUACCACUGUCCCGUUAAGGGUGACUGGAUUUGAUUUCUUCUCUCGUUUGUCUUGAAAGCACUAGGAUGUAUUUUUUAGUUAACACAAGUAACACAUGUCAGGAUCGCAGCAAGAAUCCAUCCAGAGGCGUCUGGUUCAGGUACAGAUCAUUAAGGACUGGUAGGGACGUAUAAAACAAAAAGGGUUCUUUGUCAGUUGCUGGGAUGGGAUCAACCACCAAAGGCAUGUCCUAUGCAUUAACCUGCCUUUUAUUGUAAAACCCUAACCAUUGAUGAUGGAAGUGUGUCAUUUGUAAAAAUGUGUACAGCUCUGUAAUUAUGUUUUUAUGUGAUAGAAAAUAAACAUAUUUUUUAAACGAAA